CAGUUUUCUGUCAAGCGAGGAGACAACCGAAAAAAAUCAACUUUGUGCGAAGAUGGCAAGAGGUAGCGGGAGCCUGAGGAGGGUGGUAGCAGAGUGUAUUAAACAGUUACCGUCCACGUCCAGCCGGAAGACACCAUCAAGGAAUGGCGUGAGGUACCUGUCUUCAUGUGGGAUCCUGAUGACACGGCUGCCCCCUCUCCUGGUGGCGAUGCCCAGCCGCUCCAUGCAGGUGCCUGCCCGUAGCUUCUUCAGCCUGGCAGGCACCUUCAACAAGAGGAAGGAGUACUCUGAGAGACGCAUCAUAGGGUUCUCAAUGCAAGAGAUGUAUGACGUGGUGGCUGGCGUCGAGAACUACCUCCACUUUGUCCCUUGGUGUAAGAAGUCUGACGUGGUCUUCCGUCGCUCUGGCUUCUGCAAGGCCAAGCUGAGUGUAGGCUUUCCCCCGGUGGUAGAGAACUACACCUCCCUGGUCACCACCGUACGCCCUCAUCUGGUCAAGGCAGCCUGUUCAGACGGUAGCCUGUUUAACCAUCUAGAGACAGUCUGGCGCUUCAGCCCAGGCCUCCCUGGCUACCCUCGCACCUGCACCCUCGACUUUGCUAUCUCCUUUGAGUUCCGCUCCCUCCUCCACUCUCAGCUGGCCACCGUCUUCUUUGACGAGGUUGUGAAGCAGAUGGUGUCUGCGUUUGAGCGCGAGGCCUGCAAGCAGUACGGCGCUGAGACGAGGAUCCCCCGCGAGCUCAUGUUCCACGAAGUCCACCACACGUAGUGUGCCACCUCAACCCAGACACAAAUACAUGGACUAAGCCAUGCUAGGGAGAGCCAAAUACAAGGGAAGGAGACACAUUUAGCACAUGGGAGCGAGGGAGGAAAGACUAUGAACUGAACACUGCAGUGCCUGGUUAGAAAAGCACCAUUUCAUUCAGCUUGUCGCUGAACCUCGUUCUUGAUAAUCCCCUCCAUCCUGAUAAUCUAUGCACACACACACCCAGACACUCAGAGCGCAGUACAAUGGAUGCUUGCUAGGUACAGAACAGGGCCUAGACACUGUGGUUAAGUCUAUAAAACAAUUCACCAGACAACCACCCUACAACUAAUUCCAUUCCCCCCUCCUCCUAUGUGAGCACAGGAAGGUUGAGGGUUCUAAAAGGCUCGUCCGACAAAGAGGUGUGCUGGACGGAUCGAUG